AUGACAUACACUGGAGUUGGUGAGCGUGCUGCUCAAUCAUUUGGAUAUAUACUGACGGAAAUGCCAUUGUUAAAAUAUUUAACAUUACAACAUUCACAAGGAAUUGAUCCAAUAACUUACAUACCUUCAACUGUGGUUAAUGAUACUAUCGUAAGUUUAACAAUAUGGCUUUUCAAUGUUCAACAUUUGAUACCAUUUCUUUAUCGAUUUCAAAAAUUAAGCAUGCUCACAAUGUGCAUGUAUGGCAAUGCAGGAAUACCGAUGAAACGAGCGGCACCACCACAAAAUAUUCAGUAUUAUCGAAGUCAAUUAAGAGAGAAAACAUCUGUGAAAUAUCCUGCUACACUCCGUCACAUCAAAGUGUAUCAGUACCCAUUGGUGGUAUUGAAAAAUAUGGAAAAAUGA